AUGUCUUUCCUUCAUAAUCAUUCUUGCGAGUGCGUUAAGUCAGAAUUGGAUUUGUUUGCACUACCGUCUACACAAACUAGCAUUGAAAAUGGAUUGUGGAUUCAUUAUAAACCAAUUUCAUCUCUUGGUGAUGAUGGACCUAUCGAGUUUCAAGUUCCUGGGACCGGCGAUGACUACAUAGAUUUGUCUCAUACAUUACUCCACAUAAAGGCAAAAGUAUUAAAUCAAGAUUCAACUAACUUGGUAUCUACUACAAUAGUAGCACCUGUAAAUAAUUGGCUGCAUUCACUUUUUAGUCAACUUGAUGUUUAUUUAAACCAAAAACUUGUAUCACCACCUAAUAAUACCUAUGCAUAUCGAGCAUACAUGGAAACCCUUUUAAACUAUGCCCCUGCUGCUAAACAAUCUCAUCUUACUUGUAGUCUUUGGUAUGAGGAUACAGCAGGAAAAAUGGAUUCUACAGAUGGUAAAAACAUAGGAUUUGUUAAAAGACAGGAAUUGAUUAGUGAAAGUAAGGAAAUAGAAAUGAUUGGUCAUCUUCACGGUGACAUUUUUAACCAAGAUAAAUUUUUAAUUAAUGGUGUUGAAAUGAGUGUUAAAUUGGUUCGAUCAAGAGAGAGUUUUAAUUUAAUUGUUGGGUCGAACGAUGUAAAGUUUAAAGUUUGCAUUACGGACGCAACUCUUAUUGUUCGACGAGCACGAAUUAAUCCAAGUGUAUUACUCGCACAUCAAAAAGUUUUAGCUUCUACCACUGCUAAAUAUCCUAUUACUCGAGCUGAAGUAAAAGUUUUAACAAUUCCUUCGGGUGUUCAAGGAAAAACUCUUGAUAAUAUAUUUUUAGGACAGGUACCGAAAAGAUGUAUAAUUGGAUUUGUGAACAAUUCUGCAUUUAAUGGUUCCCUUACUAAAAAUCCAUUUAACUUUGAAAACUAUGGUAUUAAUUCUUUCAGCUUAUAUAUUGAUGGUCAACAAAUACCUUCAAAAGCUUUGCAACCAUCUUUUAAUAAUAGCAUAUUUACAUCAGCAUAUCAUACUCUAUUCUCGGGAACUGGUAUUCACUUUCUUAAUGAAGGAAAUGGAAUCUCUUGUGAACAGUAUGGCAAAGGUUACUGUCUAUUAGCAUUUGACUUAACUCCUGAUUUAUCAGCUAACUCAUCAACUCAUUGGAAUCUCAUAAAGCAUGGUAGUGGAGUACAGUACGGUACUAUUAACUCGCACAAAUCAACGAUAAAACUUUUAAAGUCAAACAGUCUUGAAGACUUAAGACUUAAGAGAUUUAUGAAAGGAGUAUUCAGGUUACGACCACCAAAAUUUGACUUAGUUUGGGACCCUAAUAUAGUUUUAAAUUAUCUUGAACAGUUUUGGCCAAAUGAUGGAUUGACACUCGAGAAAAACAAACAUAAAUCACGUAUUUCACAAAGGAGGUCAAGACGUGAACUUGGAUCCAGGGUGUAUAAAAAUUACUCUGAAGAAAUGUUGAUGCUUGCAUGUGAAUCUGUUCAAUCAGGUCAAAUUUCAUCAAGAGAUGUUCAAAGACAGUUUGGAAUCCCAAGGCGGACUAUAGUUAAUAAAAUAAAACGAGUUCACAUGAAGUCUGUCGGACAUCCUACUGCUCUAUCAACUAAAGAAGAGGAUCAAAUUGUUAAGGUUUUACAAGCUUCUAGCGAUUUUGGCUCCCCGCUUACAAAACUUGAUCUAAAGCUAUUGGUUUACGAAUAUCUCGAAAAAAACUCAAGAGAUCAUAUUUUUAAGAAUAAGAUUCCCGGUGAUGCUUGGGUACAAAGCUUUUUGGUAAGGCAUGCUGAUGAAUUGACCUUACGAACUACCCAAAAUAUUUCAAAGGCGAGAGCUGAAAGGGGAGCUCAAGACAUACUCAACUAUUUUAAUAACUUAACUUCAACAUUAAAAAACAUACCAGCAGAAAAUAUCGUAAAUUUCGAUGAGACCAAUCUUUCCGACGACCCUGGCUCUUCUAAGAGCAUUUUUAGAAGGGGAGUAAAAUAUCCAGAGAGAAUAGUUAAUUCCACCAAAGGAAACAUAUCCCUUAUGUUUACGGCUACCGCAGAUGGUAGGUGCCUUCCUUUAUAUGUUGUUUACAAAGCAACAAAUUUAUACUCAGAAUGGGUUAAUGGAGGACCACCGGAAACCAGAUACAAUUGUACUAAGUCAGGUUGGUUUGACAGCGCCAUGUUUGAGAAUUACUUUGAAACAAUAAUUCUUCCAUGGGCAAAUGAAAUGGUCGGGACAAAAGUUGUCCUUUGCGAUAACCUAUCUAGCCAUUUGAGUUUCAAAGUAGUAGAGUCAUGCGAGCAACAUGACAUUAAGUUUGUAUUCAUCCCUCCGAGAUCUACACAUCUCACGCAACCACUAGAUGUUGCAUUUUUUGCGCCUUUGAAAAGAUGCUGGCGUAAAAUUUUGUACCAAUACAAGCUCAAGAAUCCAACCCAAGCCACAUUAAACAAAAAACAUUUUCCGAAAUUGCUUAAUGAAUUAACAGAAGCAAUUAAAAUAACAGAAAAGAAGAACAUAAUAAGUGGCUUUAGGGCAUCGGGAAUAUUUCCCCUGAAUCCACAGGAAGUCCUUAAGAAGAUUCCAGAAAUACAAGGGGAAAUACUAUCCUGUGGAAUCGAUAAAGUACUGGUAGAUUAUUUGUUAGAAACCAGAGCUCAAAAGCCUAUGCAAGUACAGAGGAGUAAAAAAAUUGAUUGCGAGCCUGGCAAAUCAGUAAGCAUUUCUGAUUUAAAUGUGGAUACUUGCAAUAAAAAAACAAAAGCGAAAUCCGUUAAAUUGGGUAAUGUGCAAAAAACAAAUCAAGAAUCGUGCUAUUUAGAUGAACAUACUGGCCUUUUUGUAGCAGAACGUACUGAUCUUUGUUCAAAUACUUGUACAAAUUUUGUUCAAGACUUCAAAGAGUCUUUAUGUAUCGCUCAGUAUAGGGAUAAUUAUAUUCCUGAAAACCUUAGUAGACAAUGUAUCAAUGUAAUUAAUUUUUAUUUAGGCCAAUCAUUGCGUAUUAAAACCGGAAAAUCACUCACAGAUCAUUUACAUUCGAAAGAUUUCGCAAAUAGUACCACCAAAAUAUUAAUUGCUGGAAAGGAUUAUGAAAACUCCAUGCAAGAUCGUCCUAUUAAAAAUAAAAUAACAAUACUUUCAAAUGUACUCCUAAAAGCAGGAACACCGGUGACUGAUGUUUGUCUUUUAAAAGAAGUGUCUGAUAACACUGAAAAUAUAUCGUUCAUUGCCACACAUGAAACUGAUUUACCAGAAUGCCUGAAAGGGAAGAAAAAGAAAGUCGCGAAGAAAAUAAAGAAGAAACAUACUAGGAAAGAUACGAAAAGUGAUAGAAAGAAAGAGGUUAAGAAUAAUUCAAAAGGGAAAAAAUCAGCCAGACGACGUACUUCAAUCAAAAGAAGGCGGCCUACACCAGACGAUAGUGAGUCAAGCUCGAUAUCUGCGGGUAAUGAUUUUAUGACAGUUGACACAGAUGAUGAUUAUGAAACAAUAAAUGAUUUUUACAUUUCUGAAACCCUAAGAGAACAAGAAGAUAAGGAAAAUUUUGAGCUCCCUGAUGUAAUAACCUCCUUUGGAUUACAUGAGUUUAAAUAUUUUUCUGAAAAUCAAGAAAGACUUAAAGUAAAUGACUGGAUUAUUGUUCGAUUCUCCACCAAAAAGAGUUUGAAACACUUUGUCGGUAAGGUUUUGUCGAUUAAUGGUGUAACUCCUACGGUUAAAUUUUUACGAAAAGUUAAAGAAUCUAAAUGUAAUACAGGAAUGACCUUUUCAUAUCCAACCGUUGAUGACAUUUGCAACAUACAACAUUUAGAAGAUGUUUUAACAGUUUUACCCGAGCCAACGAUUACUCGACGUGGUCAGAUUGUAUUUCAUGUAGAUCUCAGUAAUUUCAACAUACAAUAA